GUGAAGCAGCGCAUGAGUGUGGAGGGGAAAUGGAAAGCCAGAAAUGAACGACCGAGCGACGGACAGAAACAGAGAAACAAAGAACAACGGCGGCGGGAUUUCUUUCUCCUCCUUCUCUAUGCCAUUGAUCAUCCAUUUCUAUACUCUGUAACGUUGUUCCAGAUCCCCAAUCUUCUCAAUUUCACAGUUAUUUUUCAAUUUCUCUUUCUGUUAGACUUUAACCCGUUCUUGCGGGCAUCGAGUUUUGCCCCCUUUCUGAUUCUCCGCCGUUACCUUCCCCUCCGAUUCUUGGCUGUGUAUUGUGUUUCAUUUCGACCGAUUUUUCUGAGCAAAGGGGGAAAUUACAGGUUGAAUUGAAUCUCUUACAUAUGGGAGAGCAAACGCAAGUGCAGGUUCAGACUCAAACCCAAAGCCAACCUCAACCACAAUCGCAGGCUCAGAAUACGUUUCAUGAAUCCUCCAACUCCACAACCCCUAUCGCUCAAGCCACCGUAAUGCUAAGCGAGGUGAUGAAUGCGCCAUCGCAAAUCUCUUCUCCUCCAUCGAAAAUGCCUUUGCGUCCCCGGAAGAUCCGAAAGCUCUCGCCGGAGGAAUCAGAUCCGAAUUCCUCUCAUGUUGUUGCCAUCCCGGAUGGACCGAAACCUAUCGCCACCGUUAAAUCUAACAAAAGCAAGACGGCCCAGCAACGCGCCGCCUUCGCGUCUGCCACAGUUCCGCUUGCACGAUCACUUUCCUGUGAGGGCGAGGUGGAAAUCGCGCUUCGGCAUCUCCGGAAUGCGGAUCCACUCCUUGCACAGUUAAUUGAUCUCCAUCAACGUCCUACCUUCGACAGUUUCCAAACCCCAUUCCUUGCCCUAACUAGAAGUAUCUUAUAUCAGCAGCUGGCUUAUAAGGCUGGCACUUCUAUCUACACCCGUUUCAUCGCCCUUUGUGGUGGUGAGGCUGGUGUUCUUCCUGAAACCGUUCUUGCUUUGAACCCUCAACAACUCAGGCAAAUUGGAAUUUCGGGUCGUAAGUCUAGUUACCUUCAUGACCUUGCGAGGAAAUACCAAAAUGGGAUUCUUUCAGACCCGGCAAUUGUAAAUAUGGAUGAUAAAUCGCUUUUCACGAUGCUCACAAUGGUCAAUGGAAUCGGGUCUUGGUCUGUUCAUAUGUUCAUGAUUUUCUCGCUGCACAGACCAGAUGUGCUUCCUAUCAAUGAUCUUAAUGUUCGCAAAGGGGUUCAGCUUCUUUACAAUCUUGAAGAGUUGCCUCGACCAUCGCAGAUGGAUCAGUUAUGCGAGAAGUGGAGGCCUUAUCGAUCGGUUGGGUCGUGGUAUAUGUGGAGGCUCGCUGAGGCAAAGGGGGCUUCUUCAAGCGCUGCAGCAGUGGCUGCUGGUGCCAGUUUACAACUGCAGCAACAAGAUCAUCACCAGGAACACCAGCAUCCACAGCAUCCUCAGCAGCCACAACUUCUUGACCCACUUAAUGGCAUUCUCAAUCUCGGGGCCUGCGCAUGGGGACAGUGACUCAGGUUGAAAAGAGUACAUCUCUGAAACCCAAUCAAUUUGUCCACUGAAUGAAAAGUAUGCCGACUAUGUGGGAGUAGUAGAAGACUCAACAAUGAAUAUUUUGUUCCUCGAGGUUGAAUACUCUAGACUUCCAUACUAAAUAAUGAAAUGACAUGUGCUAGUUUUCUUUUCUAGGUUGGUUGACAUCACUUUUAAGGCCGUCAACAUGUAUCAUGCGGCGGGUGGGAAUUUAUCCAUAGAAUGUUCCUCUGAGUGUCUGCUUUCAAUGUGAUUUAGCCCAGUUGGACUUCGACCAAACCGCUUGUGCAUAUUCAACGGCAGAAUAGUCUGUAAUGACUUUAUGAUCUAUCUCUUACCCUUCUCUCCAUUUCAAAUUUACUGCCUCCUUGGUCAUAGUUUGUAUAUAGAACAAGAAUCAUGAAUGGGGACAAUCAAUGACUGACUGGCUGUGGCAUUUGCUAUUUGGACUUA